CGCGCGGAGAAGCAUGGCGUCCGCUAUCGCAUCCCCGGCGUGCAUCGGCGCUCGAAGCGACCGCGCGCGCCGUUCCAGGCGCGCGCGCGCGUCGCGAGCGGUCGUCACCGCGCGCGCGUCGCGAGCGGUCGAUCGAUCCGUUCGAGGAUUAGACCCGAUCGAGGAAGACGCCGCGCGCGGAAAAGUGAUCGUCGUCACGGGCGCGAACAGCGGGAUCGGGAAGGAGGCGUGCAAGCAGCUGUACGCCGCGGGCGCGACCGUGCUCGUCGCCGCGCGAUCGCGCGAGAAAGCGACGGCCGCGUGCGAGGAGAUCGCGAGAGACGCGCGAGGCGACGCCUCGCGCGUCGACGGCGACGCCGUCCGCGACAGAAGAGCGCCCGAAGAGGCGCCUCCGCUCGCGACGCGCCCGCGCUUCGGCCGCGCCGUCCCCGUCGUCGUCGACCUCGGCGACGUGCGCUCGAUCGCGCGCGCGUCCGCGGAGAUCCUAAACUCGCACCCCGUCGUGGACGUCAUCGUCUGCAACGCCGGCGUCGCGCCGGACCGCGCGGGCAACGCCGUCUCCAAGACGGGCAAACCGACGCGACGGACGAAGGAUGGAUUCGAGGAGACGAUCGGCGUGAACCACCUCGGGCACUUCGCGCUCGUGCGAGAACUUCGCGGCGCGCUCCGGGAAGGCUCUAGGGUGGUCGUCACCAGUGGGUGCGUGCACGAUAAGUCCUCCCCCGACGGCAAGAACGGCGCGCCGCCGACGCUCGGCGACUUGACCGGCUUGAGACGCCACGCCCCGGGCGAGCGCGCGUUCAGCAUGGUCGACGGCGGCGACUUCGACGGGAACAAGGCGUACAAGGACAGCAAGCUGUGCGGCGUCCUCUUCGCGCGCGCGCUCUCGAAGCGUCUGGAACCGAUCGGCGCGACCGCGUGCGCGUUCUCCCCGGGGUUCGUCCCGACGUCGUCCCUGUUCCGGUUCCAAACGUCCUUCGUGCAGACGUUAUUGAAGACGGCGUUCAACUACCCGCCGCUCGCGACGUCGUUGCGCACCGCCGGCGCGUUCACCGCGCACAUGGCGCUCAGCGACGCCGUCGCCGCCGCCGGCCCCGGGGCGUACUUUUGCGGGCCGCCGUCCUUCUCCAAGCCGGAGGACGCGCACCCGUGGCUCGGAGGGUUCGCGCGCGGACUGAUCGCGCCGGAGUUUGGCGUGAAAGCGCCGAGCGAGGAGGCGCGCGACGACGCGUUGGCGGAGGCGUUGUGGGAGGUCAGCGAGGCGUUGAUCGACGACGCGUUGGCGAGGCGGGAGGCCGCCGCCGCCGCCGUCGACGGACCCGGACCGGGUGCCGCCGCUGGCGACGGCGGGUGGAGGAACAACAUCCACGCCAAGGUGGGGGGCGGCGCGCGCGUGCCGACGUCGCGGUGAGGCGAGCGAGGAGACGCGCGCGCGUCGGUGGGCGAGGAGAGGAGGGAGGGGACGCGGCGGGCGCUAUGUCCGUCGCGUAUUUAUUCAUUUAAUUAAGACAGACGCGAGAGGAG